AAACGAUUCCUCUGAAACAGAAACGGGACUCCAACGGAGCUUGUGGGCGGUUGUGUGGGCUCCGAACUUCAUAGAUGAGAGUGAGAAGUCCCGCAGUGAAGUUAAGCUGAGGACAGUGGAUUUUGACUGGUUACAGCAUGCAAGGUUUGAGCUCUCGAGCCCAUGCUUUCUCGGUGGAAGCAUUAGUGGGUAAGAGUAUGUGUAAGAGGCUGAAAGUGGAGCACGGCAAAGAGGAAGAUCCCAACGACACCGAGAAUCGCAACCAGCAGGAUCAAUCGACGUGUACCGUCAUCAGUGAAGAAGAGGACUCCGAUAAUCAGACGGAGAAGAAAAGAAAAGGCGGCUUCAUACUGAGGAAUUCCAAAGAAACCGAGAGUGAGACGGAGGUGAGAGUGGAGCUUCAAGGGUCUGACCUAUGGAACAGAUUUCACGAGAUCGGCACAGAGAUGAUAAUAACAAAGGCUGGGAGGAGAAUGUUCCCUUCAGUACGCGUAAAAGUCAGGAACCUGGAUCCAUUCAAACAGUACUACAUCGCAAUGGAUAUUAUGCCCGUGGACUCAAAAAGAUACAGGUACGUGUACCACAGCUCGCAGUGGAUGGUAGCGGGCAACACCGACCAUUCAUGCAUUGCGCCCAGGCUCUACAUACACCCCGACUCGCCCUGCUCUGGGGAGACGUGGAUGCGUCAAGUCAUUAGCUUCGAUCGUGUCAAACUCACUAACAACGAAAUGGACGAUAAAGGACACAUAAUACUACAAUCAAUGCACAAGUACAAGCCGCGCGUUCACGUGAUCUUGCACGACCCGCGACUGGACCUCUCACAGAUCCCAUCGCUCCCAGACGAAGGCGUGCACAGUUUCUCGUUCUCGGAGACCCAGUUCACCACUGUCACGGCCUACCAAAACCAGCAGAUCACAAAAUUGAAGAUUGACAGGAAUCCAUUUGCUAAAGGCUUCAGGGACCCCGGCAGGAACAGGGGGGUUUUGGAUGGGAUCCUCGAGUCGUACCCAUGGCGAAGCCCUCUCAGCCUUGACUUCAAGCCCUUUGCUCUAGAGACACAAGGAGGAACCUCCAGGUCUCUGUCGAGCUGCAGCAGCAUUUCUCCCCUGAAAGACCUUUUGUCCCCGUCCUGCUCGCCCACGUCCUUCCCAUUCACUAUACCCUACUCAGACGCUGGUGCCUUACACAACGUGAGCUUCCCGCUCUGCUACAAGAUUCCUUCUUCGGCAGCUGUGCUUGGAGGCCGACCCUACAGCCUACCAGUGGCAGACAGGCUGCGGGGCUACCCCGGGCUGCGACCGAUGGUGGACUUCCCCCUUCUGUGUCCCCUGCAUGGGAAGAAAGGGCCCAACUGCAGGGGCCCAUGCCUCCAGGGGCCCCUUUCAGGCCACCCCGGCCAGCUCUCUCUGUCAGGUCUCCAGGGGACUGGGGGAUCCAUAAUUCACCAGUCCCCGAUGCACCAUGAAACUCUACCACCCCCCCUGCCUUCCGCCUACAGCGUCUGUGGCUACAGCAUUCCCGUAGGUCACCGGUUUUCAGGCGUCGCUCGCCACCUUAAGUUGGCGGACGGCGUGAACCUGACGGCCAGCGAGAGCCUGCUGUCCCAGACACCCUGGCAUCCUGCCAUCAACCACUGCCUCUGAGCACCCUGGCACCCUCCACCACUGCCCUGCCUACCCACGUUCCCCAAACCACCCUUGUCACUCCUGUCAAAACUGAAUAUUGGAAGGGGCUGCCUGCCAUAAACACACACACCUUUUUUUCAUUAUGAAAAUAGAAGAGAAGAAGAAAUAUACAGGAAGUACCAUUAUAUGGUGAAACAGCGCAAUUAAUACAAACUGAAGUUUAACCUGUUGAACCUUGGCUGGAGAGGAACAC